AUGUCUGUCGAUCUGGGAACGCGUCUCCAUGUAUACCGGUGGCUGGACAACCUUCACGCUCGCGAAACAUCAAACGCAGACCAGUUGGAGUCUCUGCCAGUCAUCGAGACGAAGAAAAAAUGGGCGAAGAAAACAAAACCGGGCAUAUCGACCUUUGGCGAGAAGCCUACGCGUGUUGGGCCGGAUCAUUUGGAAGAGCUGUUCGAGAAGGCCCGGAAAGUUGUUCCGGAACAUGAGGCCGAAAGAACCCCCUUGUUUCUGCUUGCUACAGCUGGCAUGCGCCUACUUCCCAAACACCAGCAAGAUGUUCUAUUGACAGAAGUGUGUGCCUACGCCAGAUCAAAGACUAAGUUCUCGGUUCCAGACUGUGAUAUCCACAUUAGAAUCAUACCUGGCGAGGUGGAAGGAUUGUACGGAUGGAUAGCAGCUAAUUACUUAUUGGGAGGCUUCGAUCACCCCAAGAUGCACGAUGGGGAACACGACCAUCCUACCUUCGGGUUCCUCGAUAUGGGCGGUGCUUCUGCUCAGAUCGCAUUUGCUCCGAACGCCACGGAGUCUGAGCGUCACGCAGACGACCUCAAAUUGUUGCGCCUGAGGACUGUCGACGGAACACCUGCAGAAUAUCGAGUAUUUUCCACCACCUGGCUGAGAUUUGGUGUCAAUGAAGCAAGAGUGCGGUAUGUGGAUGGGUUAAGGAAGGGUGAUGAGUUCAGGCAUUCCAAAGAGCUUCUCGAUCCUUGCCUUCCACGGGGACUGAAGAUUACGCCCAAGGGUGAUGUAUUUCUACCCGACGAGAAGACCGUUGAUGGAAAGACGCCCAUCCUCCUAGGCGUUGGGAAAUUCGACGAGUGCUUGAAGAGUACUCAACCUUUGUUAGAAAAGGACCAUAUCUGUGAAGACGAUCCUUGUCUAGUUUCUGGUGUUCAUGUACCCGCCAUCGAUUUUGACGUCAAUCAUUUCGUAGGUGUGAGCGAGUAUUGGCACAUUACACACGAAAUCUUUCAAGUUGGUGAAAAGGACAAGUCGUACGACUUCAACUCUUACCAACAGCGUGUGAGCAAUUUUUGCAAUCAAGAAUGGGAGAAGAUCGAAGAAGGCAUAAAGCAACACGAAUGGGGCGAGAAGGUGGAUGAAAAGACAGUGGUAGAAGUCUGCUUCAAAGCCAGCUGGCUUAUCAACGUUCUACAUGAGGGCAUCGGCAUUCCAAGAGUAGGCGUAGAGGAUACGCCGGACGCUUCGCGCAACGGCACAUCCAAGCUGAUUGAUAGUGCCAAAGAUAAAGGCUUUACGCCGCCGUUUAGGCCUAUCAACAAAAUCGAGGACGUGGAGGUCAGCUGGACUCUGGGUAAAGUAGUUCUCUAUGCCUCGAGUCAGGUACCACCCACAGGCAAAGAUGCGCUUCCCGUUGGCUUUGGUAGCAAUAAGGCAGGCGUGCCCCCAGAUUUCAUGUUUCCCAGCAUGCAGCAAGGCAUUCCCACUUCAACCUCUGCCACAAAUUCUACUCACAUGCCAGAUCAGCCAGCGCCCGAAGAUAACUCCUACCGACCUAGUGCUAUACUUCGUAGUGGCAGAUCGCGUCGUAUACCUGGCAUAUUACUUUUCCUACUUAUCCUUUGUUUUGCUAUAUACCUUCUACUAGGCCGCUACCGACGAAGUCGACACCAUCCUGCUGUCUCCUUGCCUAAAAGCCCUCAUAUGCGCGGCUUUCGGCGUCGAGCUUUCCUGGCGAAAAAAUUACCAAGUCUUUUCUGGUCCUCUUCGAGCCAAGGUAGUUACCAACGGGUCGACCUAGAAGAUGGCAGCGGUCUUACGGCACCAGAGGACUUUGAGCUCGGAGGCUAUGUCGAUGAGGAAGGCUCUUCUGACUCUAGUAGUCGAAGUACGCAAAAAGGGGCCAAAUCAAGUGGAUGGGCCAGCCCCACCAGAAAUAGGACUACUCUUCCUUCCAGUACCGGAGGAUCAGCCGGCCUUGAAAGCCUUGGGAACGGCCAUGGCCUAGGUAUUGGUAUAGAAGGAAGCAGGGAGCGACUGGGCGAAGGGCGAAGGAGUAGGAAAGCAAGUCCCACUAGAUCAAGCUCGUCCAGGUUGUCGAAACUCGUCGAUGAUUGA